CGAAGGGGGGCAUCAGAGCUGGGGCCAAAAUAAUCAACCCGGAAUCCCGCUUCGUCGCCAUCCAACGGCCCGCUUCCCUCCACCCUCCGCGCUGCGCCUGUGGAUGGACUGCGCGCUAGCUGAUCGGUGAUUUUUCUGCAGUCGCUGUGAGUCAUUUGUGGUGAAAGAACAAGAAGAUGGCGGACAGGGCUGAGAUGUUUUCCCUCUCUACUUUCCACUCGCUCUCUCCCCCCGGAUGCAGACCAGCCCAUGACAUCAGCCUGGAGGAGUUUGAUGAUGAAGACCUGUCUGAGAUCACUGACGACUGUGGGAUUGGCCUCAACUAUGAUUCUGACCCCUAUGAGAAGGACUCCCUCAUCCUAGAGAAAAGCGACCUGCACCACCCAGUCUGCUCCUUCCAGGAUGACUUUCAGGAGUUUGAGAUGAUCGACGAUGAAGACGAGGAGGAGGAGGAAGAGGAUGACGAAGAGGUGGACCCAGACGCACCCCCCUCGCCCUCUGCCUCACCCCCUCCCUCACCCACCUUUGGCACUCUGAAGAGCAGGCCCACCACCCUCAACCUCACCACUGCUGUGUCACAGGACUCACUGAACAACAACAGCAGCCUCUCUCCGAAGAAAGGAAGCUGGCAGGACUCUCUACGGAACCCAACAUCACAGGGCCAUCUGUCUCCUACCCACUCAUGUCUGGAUGAUGGCAGCCACAUCACAGGCCAGUGCCCAGCCUCUCCGGUCACCCAGGCGCCAGGGCCCCAGAACAAAGGUUCAUUCGGUCACCACAAAUCCCACCCCUGUACCGGUGAAAUCAAAUCGGACCCGUCCGUCCAGAAGAGCAGGGUACCAUCUGUGGACGAGCACUCGCAAUGUUCUGACACGGAGGUGGACCACGACCUGAACAGCGACCACAACCUCAAGCACUCAAGCACCAACAGACGCCCUACGGACACCUACACCAUCACCAGCGAGUCCGCCAUGGAACCCGAGACCGAUCCGGACCCUGAUGGAACCAGCCGCUGCCUGUCCUCCACUGCCCCCAUAGGAACCAUCGAGGGAGCAGAUACCCCCCUGUCUGACGAAGAGCUGGAGAAGGACUUUGAGGCAGAGUGCAAUAAUACGAACAAGGAAAACUGCUCUUCGUACAUAGAAUUCCCUCCCAUUGAACCACCCCAACCUGCGUCUUUCUCAACUUACCUGUCCUCCAAAGUGGUUGAUAUAUCGUACGGCUCAGUUAAUGCUUCUUCGGUUCCUCCACAUCAAGCCCCAGCGAAUGACUACACCUCCCCAUCUUCAGACCCAGGGAUAGCAGACAUGAACCAGCAAGGAUACGUAACCUCGGAUCGUGAUAGGGAUCUAAGUGAUCCAGGAUCGGAUUCAGAUGUUGAAGAGGAGAUUGAAGAAGCGUUUGCCUGUCGUCCAGUGGUGUCCAACAUGAUCUCCUCCAUCUCGGAAACGGAACUCGACGUGACCAGCGAAGAAAGCAGUAGUGGACGCUCCUCCCAUCUCACCAACUCCAUCGAAGAAGCCAGCUCUCCUACGUCAGACCAAGAACUAGACCCAGAUACCGAGUUGGAGCAGGAUAGCGGCAUCGUUGGAUUAAAAGAAACCCUACUCCUCGGCCAACCAGAUCCUAUCAAACAGGGUUCCAUGGUACCUUCUCCAUCUCCCUUGCCGUCACCUACCAUCGCAACCCCAGGCUCUCCUCUCCUACCCACAGAUGCCUAUGAUGGUUUGGAUGGACAGAACUUGGACGAUGACCGAAGCUGUGAGCAUCAAGCUGAUCCAGAUGAGACGUUACCCCCGGCAGAACUUUGCGAAGACACUCUUUCCAGACAGAUGGUUCUCCAGAUAGAACCAGACCAUGGCUUGGAGAGCUUCAAACGUUCCUUCUACCUGCCAGUGGGUCCAAGGCUUAUGCCCAGUUCGGAUGACUAUGACGGGACUAGCGAGGGAGAGUCCGAUUCAGAUAGUGAAGAUGAUUUAAGCGAGAACUCGGAUUCGCCAUGGCUGCUCAGUAACCUCGUAAACAGGUUGAUUUCAGAAGGUUCUUACCCAAUCAGCUGCCCAGAGGAAUGUUUGAAGAGAAAACCAUCAAUGUCUGAUACUAUCUCACCAUCUUCAGAUAUUGGCGAUGGAGACCUUGCGGAUGAAGAGGUCGAUGGAACUCAAGACGUCAAGCAAAUUAAAAACGUACCAAAUCUGUACUUGACUAAUCUUAUGGAACAGCAAGCAAGGGCAGGAGAGAAGAAUGUGACUGACAGGUUAUGUAAAAACUCAAGACAGGAGGAGGUUGAGGAGCCCAAUAAUGACUUGAUGAUGCUUCAACAGAGGAGGGAGCUUGACUCUCCCAGCCUUACAGAGAGUGUGAUCAGUGACAAGGAUGAAGGCAGAGAGACAGACCCCCAUGUCCCCACACGAUCCUCGGCCUCCCUUGAACGCAUCACAGAGGUCAAAAACAGCCUGACCCUAGAUCUGCCCACCUCCCAGACCAACCGCUGUUUCAGCCUCACCUACUCCACAGACAAUGAUGAAGAGGAGGAUGAAGAUGGGAAGUCGUACCCUUACCUGACCAACGCAAAGAAUCAGACGUCAUACAGGCAACGGGGCCUGGAAUUAGACAGCUCACCGCCCAUUGACCCCAGUGUUCCAGAGCCUGUCCCAUCUGAACACGACCUUCCACUGUGUGAUAGAGGACAGCAGCAGAGCGAGGACGACGGUCUGGCCUACGACUCCAUGAAGUACACGUUAGUGGUGGACGAGAAUACAACGCUGGAACUAGUCAGUCUUAAAAGAUGCACUUCAGUUCUCAGUGAUGACAGUGAGCUUUCUACAAUUUGUGAUGAAGAGCCACUGAGGCCCAGAGAUGUGGUCUACGGCAGGGAGGAAGAGGAGGAAGGUCGCCCUGAACUGAGCUCCUCUGAAGACUCCUCUCCAGAAGCAGACUUGCCGUUCUCCAAGAAGUUCCUCAACGUCUUCGUCAACAGCACCACCCGCUCCUCCAGUACAGAAUCUUUUGGCUUAUUCUCCUGCACUAUCAAUGGAGAGGAGAGGGACCAGACUCACAGAGCAGUGUACAGGUUCAUCCCCAGACAUGCAGAUGAGCUGGAGCUAGAUGUGGAUGACCCAUUAUUUGUGGAGGAAGAGGAAGAUGACUACUGGUAUAGAGGCUACAAUAUGCGCACAGGGGAGAGGGGUAUCUUCCCAGCCUUCUAUGCCACAGAGGUCAUGGGGGCAUCCAAAGAGCUGCUUGGGAUGAAGAGGAACCCAGCGUGGAUGGAGACGUUCUGUGUUCAGUUCUUGGGGUCAGUCGAAGUACCUUAUCAUCAAGGAAAUGGGAUUUUGUGUGCAGCAAUGCAAAAGAUUGCAAUGUCGAGGAAAAGAACAGUACACGUGCGCCCGCCCUCUCUGUGUGAGCUGGAGAUCAGUCUACAGGGAGUCAAGCUCAUCAUGAGCCUGGAGGAUGAAUAUGACACGUUCAAUGAGUUUGACAGAUGUAGUCACUUCUUCCAAAUGAAGAACAUUUCAUUUUGCGGGUGCCAUCCCAGGAAUAACUGCUACUUUGGCUUCAUCACUAAGCACCCCAUGCUCAACCGUUUCGCCUGCCACGUCUUUGUGUCCCAGGAGUCCAUGCGACCUGUAGCAGAGUGUGUUGGACGGGCCUUCCAGGAAUACUACCAGGAGCACCUGGAGUACGCCUGCCCAACAGAGGACAUCUACCUGGAGUAGAGUAUUGCCGUGACAACCACCAUGCCUCUGCAGAUUGUCAAUCAUGAAGUUUGCCACCAGAGGGCGCCGUCAGUGAGGGCUUAUGUUGAAUCUGCCCACAGAGACUGGGAUGUUCAUCUAUACAAUAUGCUAGGCAUUUGACUGACAAGUCCCACCCCUCUCUUUGUUUACGCCCAUCGCCUGGAUGGACGGAAUGCCUGUUUCUGUUCUCUUUUCUAUUAUACAAAACUAAGAUGCUGAGCAGCUCUUUAAAGGGUUUUAUUUUCAAAUAUUUACAAUAUACCUACUGCUGUUUCACUUUUCAAUGCAUGGCUAGUAGGGUUACCGCACAUGUGCACACACUAACACCUGAACACAUAUCCAAGAGAAUGGCAAACAGCUUGAAUGUGAGUAAAGAACCUGGAGGCUGGUCUGGAAUGAUCUGUACAUAUGUAUUUGUUCAUUAUUGACAAACUGCUGUUUUGAUUCGGACUGAUAGUGGCAUCGGAACAACAUAGAGAGAAGUGAACUGUCCUUGGUCUAAGCUUACCCUGUGUCGCGUACAAUACGUAGUGUGUGUGUUGUAAAUACAUGUAUAGAGAGUAUGCAUAGAGGCUCAUCAGACA